CCAACUUCAAUGACAGCAGCAACAACAACUAUGCCAACUCCAGCUACCUCACCCUCAGUUCCAACUACACAUUAUUUUGUCACAGAAACGUCAACUCCAAUGACUGCAGCAACAACAACCAUCCCAACUCCUGAUGCAGCUCCCUCAAUUCCAAAUACAGAUUAUCUUGUCACAGAAACGCCAACUCCAAUGAUAUCAGCAACAAAACCUACGCCAACUCCAGUUAUAGCACCCUCAGUUCCAACUACAGAUUAUUUUGUCACAGGCACUGUCACACCAAGCUCAACCAAGGCACCCAUCAAAAGCACAAUAAUUUCUUCUGUUACACCAACCAUCACAACAGACGUAUCGGUUCCCACCCUAACUGAGGAUGUUGCUCCUGUCACUGUCACAACUGGAGCAUCUUCCAAAGCAGGCAGCACCAUGGGUUCUACCCAAACAUCUUCCAGUGCAUCUACGACCAGUCUCAUGACGACUACCAAUCCUCCAGCCGCACCAUCAGCUCCUGCUCCAACUUUUAGUGUGUCUGUUAUGUUAACACACAUUUAUGACCAACAAUUAUCAAACACGAACAGUCAGCAGUUUAAUGAACUGGAGUUGAUCAUUGUUACAAUGUUUAAUGGUAUCUACAGGGCAGAAUAUGGAUUCCUUUUCAUCCGCGUUAUUGUCCUUGGAUUCAGACCUGCCGGAGUUCGACGUAUGGCCAACACUGAAACCCUUUUGGAGCUUGUGUUCAAUAAUACGGCCCCAAGUGAAAGUAUUCCGCCAGCAGAGGAAGUUGCAAAUGUCUUGAGAAACGCUCCAGUGGACAACUCCACUGAUAGUCUCCAAUUUGAUGCAACCACUAUUGUCGUCGAAAGAGUUGUAACCACUACCACAACGAUUGCCCCAACAACUGCCCAACCACCGACAACAACUGCCCAACCACCGGCUACAACAGCCCAACCACCGGCUACAACUGCCCAACCACCGCCCAAUCAAACCCCGACCACUGCUACAGUAGCGUUGGCUAAUGUCCGCAUUGGAUUCCGUUCUGUCAGAGACACAUUUACAGCAGACCUUUUGAAUUCCUCAUCAGCAGCCUUCCAAGAUCGAGCCACAACCAUCACAUCUGCGCUCGAACCCUUGUUCAGAAGAGCUUUUGGUUCCUUCACUAGCUUGCAAGUGGCAACUUUCAGCCAAGGAUCGAUCAUCACCACCAUGGGCGCAAAGUUCAGUUCAGCUCCUCCUAGUGAACAGAUAGCCAGAGUUCUGACCGAUGCCGCAGGAACCAUCACAGCUUUUGACAUUGAAACCAACUCUAUUACUGUUAAUGGUAUAGUGACGGGUGGAGUCUCAAGUGGAAUGAACAAAAGCAGUGCCUUCAUCAUAUCUUCGAUGGCCCUUCUCUCAUGGCUACUCGUGUCAAGCUGAUCAUAGGACUUGGGUGUUCACUCAAGACAAACCCAAGACAACACAUAAGAACCAUUUUAACUAAGAAACAUUAUUAACCAUAUUAACCAUGUUAACCACAGAAUUAUAUUAACCAAGAUAAACAAACAAAUGAAUAAUAUAUAUUACUAAAUGAAUUGCUAUUUAAUCACAAUAGAGUACUCUAAUUAAGAUAUCAUGCACUUUGCUUGUAAACAAAAGACUAUUCUCUUAAUAAAAAGAUUAUGUUUGAAUGAAUGAUCUUUAUUGUCAAAGUACAGGUACAGGUACAGGUAAAUCGAAAUUUGGGAGAGCUCCCCCCUGGUGCUUAAUGAAAAAGAGGACAAG